AUGCGCUUUUCCACAACAAACAGAUUGGAAGAACAUGUUCGGCUUGAGCACAUAAAACCUCCUAAACCAGUCAAGGAAGUUCCUGUUGUUGUGAAGAAGGAGAGCUGUUACGGUUGGCGACCGCGGGUGUACUAUCCUGUUCGCGCGCCUGCGUGUCGAAGAUUGGAUAAACAAAGCACUCUGUGUAUAUGGAACAAGCAUAAUUUCGAAGUCACCUUCACUCCGAUCGACUGCAACGCUGAUGUGAGAGGAGCUCAGCGAAGAAAACGUUUCCAUCGCCAUGCUUACCGUAUACAGCCUACCAGUUCACUGCCUCCAAAGUUAGCAAGACAGGAUGAUAAUGUAGUCAGUAGUCAAGUAAGUGUUUUCUUCUACAUUUCCAUACUUCUUUGCAUUGCGGUUUCUUUUACUUUUAUUAGUGGUCCUUUUGUGUAG